GUGUGUUUCAGUUCCGUUAAUUGAACUUAGUAUCAUUUUGAACUUUUUCUCCAGUUUACAAAUGAUUAUAUUUAAUCACGAUGAAAUAAAUUUAUCUUUUGGGUUUGUGUGAUUAUCAACAUUGCCACCUUCAAAAUAAAUUUAGCGUGAAGGAAUAUUUCGAUUUUUGAAAUUGAAAUAUAUGUAACCUAUAAUCAGUUUAUAAAACUUAUUCUUUAUAACUAGAUACUUCAUAAGCUUCUUAACUCAUUAAUAUCAUCCAUAUGCCUUCUGAUGUAAAGCCUUUAUACUUCUUUCCGUCUUAAUAUUCGUAGGAGUGCAUUUGGAAUCCUGUAUAUUAUCUAAUAUGUCAACUAUCCUUAAAGACAUCAUAUAAUGGAAUUCGCACGAGCUGUGUUUGGAAAAUCUCCUGAGGGCUACAGUGGAAAGAAUACAACAGUUGAAACCUUGUCUGAAGAUGAAGAUGAUCCGUAUGCUGGUGACAUUAGUGAAUCUAUUAGCAUUCGUGCAAACUUGUUUGUAUCACCAUCCAGUGGCCAAGGUUAUUCACCUGCUCCUGGUGGCCCAUUUUCAGCACUCACCCCUUCUAUGUGGCCGCAAGAUCUACUUGCCACUCUAGCUCAGCCUGAAGAUUCUGAAUGCCACCCUGAUUAUAGGUUUGAUGAAUUUGGUUUUCGUGUUGAUGAAGAAGAUGGACCAGAACAAAAUUCUAGCAAACUUUUAAGUAUACCAUUUGUUGAAGAUCCACAGCAUCGUCUACAAUGGAUUGCAUAUUUAGAAUUUACUCAUAAUAAUGAAGUGGGAGAUCUUACUUGGGACAAGGUGGAGCCUUAUUUACCUCGAUCUGAAAAACUGACUAAUAUGAUUCGUCAAGGCAUUCCACAUUCUUUGCGACCACAGUUAUGGUUGCGUCUUUCUGGUGCAAUGAAGAAAAAACUGUCCUGUGAUUUAACUUAUAAAGAUGUUGUGAAAGCUAGCUCAAAUGAUCAUGUUAUGACUUCAAAACAAAUUGAAAAGGAUUUGCUAAGAACUCUUCCUAGCAAUGCAUGUUUUUCUCAUAUGAAUAGUACAGGAAUUCCAAGAUUAAGGAGAAUUUUACGGGGACUUGCAUGGCUCUAUCCUGAUAUUGGAUACUGUCAGGGGACUGGUGUUAUUGCAGCUUUGUUACUACUAUUUUUGGAAGAAGAGGAUGCAUUUUGGCUUAUGUGUACUAUUGUAGAAGAUCUCUUACCAGCUUCAUAUUAUUCUAGUACAUUAAUUGGUGUACAGGCUGAUCAGCGUGUUUUAGUAUCACUUAUAUCAACCAUGUUGCCAGAUUUGGAUGCUGUAUUAAAAGAGCAUGACAUUGAACUCUCUUUGAUCACCCUUCAUUGGUCCCUUACCCUGUUUGCAAGUGUUGUGCACACAAAGAUCCUGUUACGCAUCUGGGAUUUAUUUUUCUAUGAAGGCUCUGUUGUCCUUUUCCAAGUUACUCUUGGGAUGCUGAAAAUCAAAGAACCUGAUUUAAGACAAUUAGAAAAUUCAGCACAAAUUUUUAAUGCUUUAUCAGACAUUCCUGGAGAAGUUGAUGAUGUAGAUAAACUGUUUGAAGUAGCAUAUGAAGUUACUGGAUCUCUUACUGAUAUGGCUUUAGAAACACACAGAAGAAAACAUCUUGCUUAUCUUAUGGCUGAUCAAGGAGCUCUUUUAAAUCCAGAGAAUGCUAGAAAUUUGCCAAAACAACACCUCAAUCGUCGACAACUGAAGAGAUCAAAAUCCAUGCUUCAGUUAAUAAUAUUUGGAGAUGGUGAGACAGAAGAGGAUAUUCGAAGCAAAAAUAUCCGACAAACAGAAAUAUUAGUUGAUUUAAGAGAAGCUAUCCUUCAAGUUGCUCGUCAUUUUCAGUCUGUUGAUCCCAAAAUUAAGGUUAAUCUUAUAGCUGACUAUAGUAUGGAAGGUCAUGCCAGAGAUCAGGAAAUUUUUGCCAAUGUUGCUCGAAAUCGUCGUAGAAGAGCUAAAGCAUGUCUAGAUUUUGAGCGCCAUGAUGAUGAUGAGUUGGGUUUUAGAAAAAAUGAUAUAAUUACUAUCAUAAGUCAGAAAGAUGAACAUUGCUGGAUUGGUGAAUUAAAUGGAUUGAGAGGUUGGUUCCCUGCUAAAUUUGUAGAACUUUUGGAUGAAAGGAGCAAACAGUAUUCUAGUGCUGGUGAUGAUUCUGUCACAGAAGUUAUCACUGAUUUAGCUCGAGGAACGUUAUGUCCUGCUAUAAAAGCUGUUUUGGAACAUGGGAUGAAAAAAUCCUCUAUCCUAGGGGGAACAUGCCAUCCAUGGCUGUUUAUAGAGGAAGUAGCGAAUAAGGAAGUCGAGAAAGAUUUCAAUUCUGUAUAUUCAAGACUGGUGCUGUGCAAAACAUUUAGGUUAGAUGAAGAUGGCAAAGUAUUAACUCCUGAAGAAAUUUUGUAUAGAUCUGUUCAAGCAAUAAAUUUAUCUCAUGAUGCUGCAAAUGCACAAAUGGAUGUGAAACUUCGUUCCUUGGUGUGCAUUGGCUUAAA